AUGAUCAUUCGCUCAGAUGAUGAGACCUCUUUUAUCAACCAAACUGUCAAGGAAUUGCUAGAUCAAUACGGUAUUAAAUUUCAUACUUCGAACGUCUAUUACCUUCAGGGGAAUGGACAGGCGGAAGCUACCAACGAAACAUUGUUGACAAUAUUAAGUCAGACGGUGCAUGAUCAUCACAUAAGCUGGCAUGAACAACUACCCCUUGCACUCUGGGCAUACCACAUUUCUAAAAGGAUUUCAACUGGAGCCUCGCCUUAUUCCUUGGUAUAUGGGGAGCACGCAAUAGUACCAACAAAGAUCGUUAUUCCUCCAGCACGAGUAGCCAUGGCUAGUCUCACCACUCCAAACGAGGUUAGACGAUUUUCCCAUUUUGAUACUUUGGAGGAGCGAAGAGCUAAGGCCGAACGAUUUGCAGACAAGUAUAAGCAAAGGAAAACGAAAUACUAUAACCAGAAGGUAAAGUUACGGACCUUCUCGGAAAAUGACAUAGUCCUGAAGAUUGCCCUGCACGUCCAAAGGGAUGCAAAAUCCGAGAAGUUUGCUGCAAAUUAG